AUGAGAAGAAUCAUAGGAAUUCCUGAUACCAAUAUGUUUGUUACUGAAAUUAUAUUAUAUUGUUUAUUAGAAUCCCAGGCAAAUGGAAUUGUUCUUGAUAAAAGGAUGAUAGAUUUAGGAAUGGAUUCCAUUCUAGAGUUUCGUGAUAAGAAUUUUGAUAAUGAUUUGGGAAUCUAUGGUUUUUGGAGUCAGUCAAGAAAUGAAUCAUCAAAUCAACUAUUUACAAAUUCUGCCAAUAUACUAGGUCCAUUGAAUGAUUUAGAAAGGUUGAUGAUGUCACCGGUAGUGGGGAUGAUGCUGAAAUCUUUAAACAUUGAUUUGUCGAAUGUUGCAGCUUUCUCUAAUGUUAUCAAAAACAAUUUUAAAAUCCCUUCAGAUAAUGAUGAUACCUGUGGAAAUCUAUUAUUAGGAAUGAAACUGAGAAACUCUGUAAAUACUGAAAUCUACAAAAAAUGGGAAGAAAACAAUCAAAACAUCAAAAAAACAAUAGAAAUAAUAACUUUUAAUUCAUAUCAACCUUUUUCUAAAGAUGUCAAAAAAAAUGUUAUUGAUUCAAGAUCAUACUAUUUUGUGCACGAAUUUAUUCAAGAUUGGAUUUCCAAUGGAAGAAAACAAGAUGAUUUUGUACUACCUUUUACUUGGUUUGUUGAUUUUCCUUUAGGAACAAAUCCCAAUGCAUUUAAAACUAUACCAACUACAUAUAAUAGUGUUGAUCUUGUAGUUGUUAUCAAUACAUUCUAUGCAUUGUCAACAUCAUUAAUUGUACAUGGAGAUUCUAUUUUAAAUCAAGAUGUUGAAAGAAUGAUGAGAUCAAUUAUAUAUUUCUUUGAAUGGGGAUUUAAAAGUGGAUUUGUGUAUGAUCGCUAUGAUGUUGGAAGUGUUUUUUAUCCAUCUAUCUAUACAUUCUCAUGGUCAAUUUCAAGAGUUGUUGAUUUUCUUGAAACUCAGAGUCAAACAUUACCAAAUCAUUUACCAUCUAUGUUGAACGAUUCACUUGUUUUAUUGCGUGAUAUAAUGAUGAAUGUUGGAACAAAUCAAAUAUUGCAAAGAAUGAAAAGUGAUGGAAAUGGAGGUGUCUAUUGGGAAGAUUUCCUUGGCAAUGCGGACACUCUUCAAGGUGUUAAAAAGGAAUAUGGUGAAGAUAGAUUCUAUAGUAGUGCACUUGCAUUGAAUGUAUUGAUUGAUACAUGGACUAUUACUUGUGGAGAUACUGUAAAUCGUAGAUGGCGUGAUAAUACACCACAACCUGUAAAGUCUGCUGUCAAUAAUGGAAUAUCAUAUAUAGUUGAAAAUAUCUUUGACAAUCCAACACAAACAUUCAAUGCUUUCUUUGAUAUGGGUGAAAGAGGACCAUCAACACAAGCAACAUCAUAUCCGAUAAACUAUUGUUAUGACAAGAUUGGUGUGGAGUGUAAAUUCUCACCUUCAAAUCCAGAAGGUGUUGUGGGUGCUGUUAGUGGUGUCAUUCCAGACAACCAAUACCAAGAGAUGUUGAAAAUGAAAUGGGCAAACAAUACUGUUCCGACCACAUGGUCAGGGUCGUUCAAUGGCUCCUCAUUGGUAUUUUGGUCAUCACAACCACUUACCUAUUCAGUCAGUUUACUUGCAUUAUCUAAAUCACUUAACAUUCAAACUUUGAAAACGUGA